ACAAAACAUGUCACAAAAUUAGACCGCAAUAACCGUACAAAAUAAUAACCAAAUACACGCUAUCCAUCAUCUGCAAAAAUGCAAAAAUCCCCAGAAUUUGAUUUCAACAAGGUCCUUGAUCAGACACUGUACACGUAUAUGGUAGAAAACUUACCAAAACAUGGCGAGAGGCAGGAUUCUCAUACGAGCUUAUCAGAGCAUGAUGAAAAACCCUGGUCUCCUGCUCAAGAACAUGGGUUUGUGAAUAAACUGCGACCCAUGGUCGUGUUAAUUGGUGUUACGACGAUAAUUAUAGGAGCGGUAUUGUUGCUGGUUGUGCUGCUAAUAGCUGGAGAUUAUGACAAAUUGUAUGCUACUGAAGAAUCUAGGCUAAUAAGCCUGAUGUCUUUUGGUGGUUUGGUCAUUCUCGUGGUCAGCGGGAUGAUGUUACUCACCUCUAUAAAGUUGAACAAAAAGAGAGUUAUGUGGUAUUACAUACUAACGUCUACAGCACUGUGCGUGUACAUAUUCGUCCUGUCCGUUAUGGAGAUACAUUUUGCACUAUUGGUCUUAGAAAGAGAUACGUACAAAGUAAUUCAAACAGAAAACAGUCAUUUUCUUCUCAGUACAGCGUGUGUCGUCGGCAUAGCGACUAUGUUGGGAUCAGUGAUCCACUUCGUAGGCAACGUGACAGUGUUUACUUACUACAACUUGAAGUACAUACAUCCUCUUCUAUUCAACUGUCGUGCGUGAAUUGUGUCUGCAUUGUAAAUAAAUAGUUAAUAAACAAGA